ACCGUCUGUUUUGGUGUACUUGCCGUGUUGAUCGUGUUUGCCAACUUGCUUAUGAUUGGAGCAUUCCACGUCAACAGGCGACUGCGUACAAGAACUGACUUACUGUUGAUGUCUUUAGCAGUCGCUGACAUGCUAGUUGGAACAAUCUCGUUGCCGCUAUGGGUGUAUCUAUCCGUAACGUUUACCGAUAAAGGACUAAUCUGCAAGGUGUAUUUGAUUGUCAAUGUCAUCUGUGGAGUAUCAUCGAUACUAAAUAUGACAGCUGUCAGUUUGGAAAGAUAUUACGCACUUCGCAGACCGAUAAAACAUCGCAACAUCAGAAAAAGUAUGCCACAAUUUUUCAGCAUUUUAAAGCCUUUUUCUUUGAUAAAUCGAUACGUCCCCUCUUUUUCAGUUGUUAAAAUGAUCAUUAAAGAAAUACACUCUAUCAUUGAUGACCGAGGCAUGGUCAUUUUCCUAACAUUACAAGUUAUCAAAAAAAUGCUAUAUUUCAGAGGAAUUACCUUAACUGUGGCCUUCUUUUUCGUCCCACUCGCCAUCAUCCUGGGAACAUAUGGUACCAUCUUUUUCAUAGUUCGUGCGCAUGCGCGUGGAAGAGGCGGAAGCUCAUUUAAGAAGGAUCUGCGCAUUGCUACAACAGUGGCUGUUGUCAUCGGUCUUUUUGUCAUCUGCUGGACACCUUUUUUGCCACCAGUUUUACAUUUUAUGUUUGUGAAACUGAUUAAAACGUGGAUGACCAUUGAAUGUCAGAGGUUCAAGAAACUGCUAGAAGGAUUCGAAUUCGUUGAGAUAACCAAAUGGCUCCAGUAUGGGAAUUCCGUUUGUAACCCCAUCAUUUAUGGCCUUCGUAAUGAGGAGGUUUGACGAACAUUUCGCAAAAUUCUGCUGCGCUUUUGCUGCAAAAAGUCGGGAUAACAGAAUAUAACAAGAAUGCACAAGAACGCAUACAUAAGGCAGAAAGAGCUCUCCUUCAAUGUUAGGCAGGUUGUGAAUGCGUGCAUCUGCGAUCGGUCACCCCUUCGUCCCAACCAAUGCGAGAAGGCUACUGUCAAGCGAUUUAGAGUGACCACGCAAUUAAACUGGAGAUCCUGGCAACAAAGAGUUUGGCGGAUAGCAUUCAAAAGGAGAACGAAGAUUGCGCACAUCACAGCUUCCCCUCUGUUUCUACAUCGGCGUCCAAACACUUGACCACAGUAUUAGCCGUUGCUGAACCUUCAACUGAACUUUGUAACCCUGCCUUCGAACGCGACCUAACGGAAACUGGUGCCGGCAACAUGACAGGUAUGCCGCGUGAAUGUUACACGGAGGCUUCCACGCAGAAAAAAGAAGCCUGCGUUCAACUCACAGAUUCAAAAGACCAAGGAAAUGCUAUUAAAGAGUCCAAACUGAAACAAUCUCUACUCUAGCAUCUCCAUUUAAAUUUUGAAAUAUUUUUCCGGCCAAGAAGUGGAGAAAAAGACUUUAGAAGACAUUGGAUGAGGUCUCAACCGAUUCCUCUUCUCCCGUACGUUAGUAGCAGUUUUGAUUUAAAAACCGUUCUUGCAGAACUUCGUCGAAGUUCAAUUCGGCAGUACUGUAGUAAUAGAC